CUUCUUCACCUUACAGCUCUUGCAUCGUUUUAGGAACCCUGACAGAAAAUCCGGUUUUGGAGCCUUGUGUGACAGUAGUUUCACGAAACAAGUCUGUAACUAUGGAUCCAAAGCCAAGAAAGCAAGAGAAACACAAAUGGAGGAGUUUUUUAAAACGAUGUUUCUCUGGUCUACCUAUGUCAGUGCUUGCUUUUAUAACAUCAGCGGUAGCUCUUUCCCUUGCCAUCUAUUUUGGGUUCAGUUCUACUUCACAUUCGGCAUCUCAGGAAUCUAGCCCACAUAAAGAGACUGCAUGUGUGGACUGUGAACAAAUACUGAGUGAAUUUAUGGACCAGACGUCACAGAAUGUUCACAUUGAUAGUGUCAACACCAGAUCUGACAGCGUUGAUAAAGAGUGCUGUGUUUCAGACAGCCUGAAAAUAUCAAAGUUUAUUGAAACGAUUCAAAAUCUUUACCAGAGCGACAUAAAUGCUCAAGCAGACACUUACCCAGAGGUCACUAAACCAACAGGACCUAUCAUAGUGCACAAGGGGUUAACGAGUUCAGCGAAAUUAGACGGCAGAUGUGCAGGGAAUUCAGAAAUUCAAAACGGAAACUUCAUGUUGGUGAGUUUUAAUCUGAAUCAGAAAAAAGAUGUUGAGGUUGUGAAGCACAUCAGAGUCACUAACAAUGGUUUAGAGAUAAUUUUCUCAGGGAUCUACUAUGUGUAUAGUAGUUUUAAAUAUCAAGGUAGCAAAGGAAAAUUUAAAGAUCUUCAGACAUUGCAUCAAUUUGUUUAUCGUGAACGAAGACAGAGAUGUGAUUGUCUUUUGAAAACUGCUCACACAGUUUGUCAAGAUUGCCAGGAUAGUAAAGAUACCGCUUUCACGGGCGGAGUGUUUCAUUUGAGACAAGGAGACAUCCUCAGAGUUAUCUCCUCUGAACAAGACACAUUACAAUUUAAUAAUGAAGACAGUUAUCUUGGCGCUCUAAUGGUAACAGCUCAGUGACAGGAUGGACUACAUAUAGAUGGAACACUACUAAAUAUACUUUGUAUAAUUAAAAGAAAAAACAUAGAUUAAGAUCUCAAAUUCAAAUCUAUAGCCAUUAAUGAAUGGUAAUGUUGUAGAAUAUUAUUUUUACCUGUAAAUUUAAUAUUGCUUUUUAAGUGACUUUUCUGGAUGCUUUCGACUAUGCUUUGCUACUUUUUAUCUCAAUUAUUGUAACAUAUUUUUUCUCAAUUUUGAAACUUCUGUGGUUAACUUGUUAUGAAAUGAACUGAAGGUUUUCCAGUCCUUUAUCUCCACUAUUGCAUCCAAAUUUUUAUUUCCCCUCAAAGUGGCAAAAGCCGAAGAUGAAAGAAUGAAAGAAUGAAUGGACCUCAUUCACCAAUCGUAAACAAACACACUGAGUCACGUGCUUCCCAAUUGUUUCUAUACAACUUACGACCUAAUUUGAAACAAUCAAAGAUAUCACGUGACCGAUUUAUUCAUUGUUUUCAUUCAUAGACAUAACAUGGCAAUACUUUAUGGUGGAUAAAGUUCAUUAGUUUGUGUAUUAUUUGAAGACGUGGCGUGUUUAUUGCAUUUCUUACUUUUGUAGGCAUUAGUUGACACAACACACCAGAACACACUAGCGGAUCCAGAACUUAGGAGUGGGGGGGGUGAUUUUUUUCCAAACCCUAACCCUAACGCCCAGUAAACCCUAACCCUAUGCAUAAAUGUGCGUACAGCAUGUAUAUAUAUAUAUAUAUAUAUAUAUAUAUAUAUAUAUAUAUAUAUAUAUAUAUAUAUAUAUAUAUAUAUAUAUAUGAGAAUAAAAAAAGCAGUGUUUCUCAACUUUCGGCUAAAAAAAAAACAGUCAUGUUGAGGCCUUUCUCUUGACAGCUUAGGGGUCUGUAACCCACGUUUUACUUGCAUUUUUUACUGCAGAAACGCAUUCUCCUGAUAUUAACAACUCAUUAUUCAUCAGUGGGGUUCAGGACUAAGCCCCGAUGUCAAAAGCGUUUUCUUGCAUUCUUCAAUGAAGAAACGCAUUCUCCUGACAUCUACAAGUUAUUAUUCAUCCUUUCAAAAAUGAGCUUUUUAAUAAUGUUUUACUUUAAAAAAUAUUCUAAUAUGAAUUUAUAGACCCUUACUGCGUUGCAAAUAAAACGAUUUGAAGAUACCUCACAUAUUUAGAUUAAGCCUUUGAGGAUCGCCGCCGAACGAAAAUUAUUUUUAAAAAAAACAUUUUAAAAAUAGCUCAUUUGUAAGUGUUAAAUUUUGUUUAAUAGGCAUGUUUGUAACUUUGUUUUGUUACAGAACUAUAAUUCAUAGCUCUAACAAAAAAUUUAUUUCGGAAGUGGGAGGAUAAAUUAAGUGGAGCAAUUAGAUUCUACUCUAAAUUUUGUUGAAUUUUUAGGAUUCAAGCAUAAAUUGUGAGCCAUAGUCCCAAAUUUAUUUAACGAAAAAAAUAGCAGAUUGAGUAAAGGUUGGGAAAAGGUGACUAGGAAAUAUUUGGUUUCAGAACCCAUCUCAAUCGUUACUCUUAUACUGAAAAAUAAUUUCGAAUGAAUUCUAAAUUUUCCAAAGCAAAGUUUUUCUUUAAAAAAAAUCAUGAUAAAUUUAUGUGAAAUUACAUAAACUAUGUCGCCAUAUUUGACUAUUCUGUUUUAAAACAUCAUGUUUUCUUCUGGAAAGGGGAGGGGCGAUAGAGUGAAAACGAUUAAACCUCGCUCCUUUUUAUAAUUUCUGCUAAUGAUUGCAUUUGGCAUUAAAGAAUAGGGUUGGGGCGACUCGAUAUAAGAAUUUAAUUUAUAGCAUAUAUAAAUUAUAUUAGUGACAGAUUUUUAUUUUAUUUUGUAAUUUCUUAACUAUAAUACAAAAAGAAAAAUUAUUGGUUUGUCCAACGGGCGGAAGGCGAUUGCAUGUGGGGAGGGCAGUAGAUACAAUCGCCCCCUCCCUUACCUUACCGAAUGGGCCAAAAUUUCAGAAGGGGAGCGACAUAAUUAAAAAAAUUAUAUUUUAAUUCAACUAAUUUUGUUCAAAAAACUAUGAUUUCCCCGUUUUACUUUUGUAGGACCGCCCCCCCCCUCAAAGGGUUUAGGUGGGAAGGGCAGUAGAUGUAUUCGCCCCCCCCCCCCUCACCCAAUCUGCUAACAGGGGGACGACAUAAUGUAAAGGUCGCUUAAAACACCAAUAACAAGUUUUAAUCAUAUAGAUAUUUAAUUUAUUCUGUUAGCAAGCUGUGAUUUCUACAAAUAAAUUGGACCGCCCCCCCCCCACUCGAAAGUAUAUGGGGGGGCAGGAUUGAUGCCCUCGCCCCCUCCCGACCCAACCAAAUCGGCCAACAUACUAGAGGGGGGAGGCGAAAUCAUUAAAAAAUAUGAUGAAACAUAAAUAAUUAGUAUAUAUUAUUAACAUAAGUAAUAACUUCGUGUAAAAAUUGUGUGAAUUCUAUGCUAAAAUGCGUCCGCAGGGGGGGGGGGUGUCGGCCGAGUGUGUGUAUAUGUGGGGGGUGAUCGCACCUAACGCCUCCCGCCCUGGAUCAGCCAGUGCCAGGCCAUUUGUACAUUUCUACACUUGUACACGAAAUGAACGCCCAGUCGUCUAGUAAGCUACCUGUGGGCCCAAUUUAAAUAAUUGGGUGGUCCCUUCUUCCGUAGAUUGAACGUGACAAAAACAAAACCAAUCACUACAUUUACAAUAAGAAUUCCUUUUCAUGUAAAUCAGUAGUUUGUUUCUUCUUACAACAGGCAUUUUUUUUUACAUGUAGAUCAGUAAUUUCUUACAAUAGGCAUUCUUUUUACAAGUAUAACAGUAACUUCUUCUUAGAAGUGUUACAUGAUAUAAAUUUGAAUUACCUGCCCAUUUAUACAUUUUUUUUUUAAUUUGACUCCUGAUGAUCAUAGGCCCAGUGCAAUGCGCUUGUUGUAGGCCAGGCCACUGCUCAGAUACUGCCACCACAUCACCGAUAUUACUCACAUUCCUAAGGGCAUUUGAAAACUACGUUUCUUCUUUUUGUUUCUUCUAACAUUCUAAUUAAUCUGGAUUUUUUCUUUAUAUUAAGAUGUUUACUUUGUUCUCUCUUUUUUUUUAUUAACCUUCAAUUUUAAACAUGUUUUUUAUUAACUAUUAUUUAGUACGUUCAGAUGUAAUAUCUCGUUUUAUCAUAUUUUUCAAUAUAUAGUUUAAUCUAAAUGUUGUCACUGCCAUUCAAAUUGAUAUAAGACUAAACAGACAUUUAAGAAGUUUUAUUUUUAUGAAAGUAAUUAAAAUAAUCAUUUUUAUUAAGUCAUUUUUAUCAUUUACUAUGUAAUAGUGCAAUUGAAACGUAAACAAACGAAGAGAUCGGACCCAAAGAUUCACUUGCUAAGGUAGUUGAAGUCAUCAGUAGGCAGUUUGGUCUAUCACGCAAAAGUCAAUGAUGAUUUUACCGACACAAACAUUAUCUGGUUUUAUGAGUGGGCAUUGAGUCGUUCGAAUUAGUUACUAGAAGUGUUCUCAAGUAAACGUUAGUCAUUGUGAGGGACACACAAACUGAUAUUCGGUCGUUAGUGUGAAGGUCCAAACAGCUGAACCGGUGUAGGUCUAUUAUAUUCUUAAUUUAGAACUUCAAAUAGACUAGAACAGACUUAAAAACAAGAAAAAAAAAUUUUUUUUGUAAAACUCCUCCUCCUUUAUACGAUUAUUUUGAUUUGAAUAACUAAUGAAUUUUAAAUGUAAAAGAAAUGUGUGGGUUUUUUUUUACACUUUUUACCUCCCCCCCCCCCCCCCAUGAAACACCAUGGUUAAGCGAAUGUAUAAACCUACAAGAUUGUUUAAAUCUCCUAAUGAUAGGCCUUUAGAUCUAGACUUCCAAGAGGCUUCGAAACGUCUUUUCAUUUAUUAAACUCUGUAAUGAAUAGGGUCUGCAUGCGGUAAUAACCGCAGAAGUAAUCUGUCCAAUAAACAUUUUCUAGUUCUCUAGCCAUUUUUUUUACUUUGAAAAAUUAUUGCGUCAAGCUAGAGUUUUCCCAGUGUGGCCAAACAGCUAAUAAUUCUUUUCCUAAAGAUAUAAACCAACUGUCAAAUUUCCAGGAAAAUCGUUAAGGCCGUUUUUGAGAACCGUGUCAACCUAGGUUCCAAGUUUUUGAUGUUUUAUGUUUUGCCGAUGAUUUUGCAAGCUGAAUAGAGGAAUUGUAAAAUUAUAAUGUAUUUUUGUAUAACUUUGAUAUAAGUAUUAUUAACAAAUAUGCAUAUCUUUCAACUUCAAUAGAGAUGGAUGUAGAAACAUAAAUUAAAACAAGAAAAACAUCUUAAAAUAUUUUUUUAAAGACAAUACCUCCUUGACACAUCUCAUUGAGGGAUUUUUUUUUCUCUUAAAUAACUAAAGAAUGUUAGUUUUUAGCGGCCCCCGAAAGGGGAAAAGAUGCUAUUAGUUUGUGUGGCCUGUCUGUCUGUCUGUCCCUCCGUCCGGUUUAAAUCUCAGAAACUAGAAGAGAAAAUGAAAAUCGGACAUCAUGAUAUUUUAGAUCAUUCAAAGUUCUUAUGCAACGGCUGUUUUUUUCUUUUCCGAAAGUGAACCAUCUAAUUUUUUAAAUUAUAUAUGCCAGCAGAUUUUUCAAAAAAUUACACCACUUUUCAAUUGAAAAACUUCAGGGAAGAUAACUUUUUUUAAAAGGUCAUAGACUUCUUUAUUAAUAACUCAAGCUUCAUUCAUAGAUUCGCGCAUUGGUACAAAUAAAUUGCAUCUAAGGUCACUAUAGAAAAUGUGUCAAUAGAUCAUUAUAAAAUAUAUUUUCCAUUUAUUAACUAACUCAUUGAAUAGAAUACUGAUUCCAAUGUUGUUUUUAAAAAUGAAUUUUGAUACGAACUUCGUUUUAGUUAUAAGUUUUAAAAAUAACGAACUAUACUUAAGUACAGCGCGCAGUUUUGACAUAUCCUUGUUAAAGGGGCCUACGCCUGACAGUCUAAAUAAGACUAAAUACAGCCCAGAUCUAGAUUUAUUUAUAAUUUGAACAAAAUUUUAAUUAUUAAGGAAAUAACUUAUCUUCUGACAGCUUAGGUGUACAGAUUUUUAUUUAUUCUGUAAACAGUAGUUUUACAUUAAUAAAUGAAUACGAACAGCAUAUAGUUGACCAUUACUCGGUAGCAAAAGGCCUACUAUUCGUGAUCAUAACAUUGGCUUAGCUCUAGGUCUAGUAAUUUUAAGAUUAAACGUGUAAAUUCAUACGAGUUCUAAUCUAGAUAUAGUAGAUUCUAUAUCUAGUUCUAGAUCUAGAUCUAAAAUUAGAUCUACACUUAGAUCUAGAUCUAUAUUCUAUACUUAGAUCUAAUUCUAGAGUCUAGACGAGACUUAGAUAUAUUUCUAGAUCUACUCUCAUAUCUAGUUCUAUACCUAGACUUAGAUCUUGAAACUAGAUUUAGAUCUAAAACUAGGUCUACAUCUAGCUAGAUCUAUGUCUAGUUUGUAUGACAAAUGACAGUGGAGAUACUAAUUGUUGUUUGCGAGGGGAAAGUCUUAUUGUUAAGUCGUUUGUACACUACUGUAAGAAAAAUAAAUCUUUUUAAGUUUCUCUUUAUUACAUGUAACAUGUUAUUAAUUUUGAAUGUAUGGAUAAGGUUAAUAAUUAUUAUUUUAAAAAUAUAUAAGUGUACGCUAAAUGAAUUUAUGGAGAUGCUGUGGCUGAGGGGUAAAGCACUUGGAACUGGAAGUCCCGUGUUCGAAUCCUGCUGAAGACUCUAGGUAGACCACUUCGGCGGCCGAUUUUGAGUUUGUGUUUCCACAUAAACUGUCUUUGUAACCUUGUUUUUUAAAUGGUUCGAUUUUUGUUGAAUGGAACAUUUUCUACUCACAUAAACUACAUAGAACACAAACAAUUUCGUUCAAUUAUCUGCCCGAUGUUGUUGGAUAUUGAGGCAGAAAAGAACACCGCUGGUCUACAAGUUUGGAAAAUUGGGAAAUGCGAUGCGGCUGAUAAAAGAUGUUGCCGAAAAAAAAUAACAGGUCAAAGUAGACUUUGGACUCUUUCGAAUUCAGUUGAUCAUUCUGUAUAUAUUGUGAGUAUAAUAUUGAUAUAUAUUUGUGAUUUAUUUUAAAAUAUGAAAUAAAGUUUUGUUUUAUUAA